GUUCGCAUGACCGAAAGUGAAAGCGUUUCUUUCAGCUGCUGACUUUCCGGAAAAAAAGGCAGCAGUGAGGAGGGGAAUUCAGCAGUGCUGGGGGAUUCCCAGCUGAUUCGGUGAAGUGGACACUGCACUGACCUCCCUGCAGUUUCACUCUGUCAGUUUCCACGCUCCCUCUGGGACUCCAGCGUCUCCCGGAUGGGGCUCAGUUGGUAACCAUCGCUGGGGGCUGAUUCUGAUGGGAAGAACCCACAGCACACCUCAGAAACCCUGGGACAGAUGGAUUCGAAAGAAGCUGCGGACUUUGACUGCCCCAUCUGCAUGCAAACACUGCACAAGCCAAUCAGGACUCAGUGCCAACAUGUCUUUUGCCAGGAAUGCCACAUCCAAAACUUUGCCAUGAACGAUGGAAAAUGUCCUUUGUGCCGGAAUACCACUUCUAACGUGGAGCAGCCAGCAACGGACAUUGAGACCUGGAUGAGAACGAUGAAAGCAAAUUGCAGAGGUUGUGAUGUUGAGGUGUACCUGAUUGACAUGAGGGCACAUACUACUGUCUGCGCACAGUACCUGAGGGAAUAUGGUCCAGACUGCAAUACAAGUGCAAUACCUCGCCCAACACCUGCCUCAGUCAGUGCCACAGAGCCGAACAGAUCUACAUUUACUUGCCCGUAUUGCCAUCAAAGUGGCUAUGACAUGGGUGACCUUGUGCUGCACUGUUGCACACAUCAUGAUGGUGAUUAUCAGCAUGUCGUCUGUCCAAUUUGUGCAUCGAUGCCAUGGGGGGAACCAAAUUAUUACAGCAGGAAUUUUAUUCUGCACCUGAGAAUGCGACACCGAUUCCAAUACCAAUUCUUUGUGAAUUUUCAUCAAGACGAAGAAUUGAUGCUGCAAGACACCAUCUGGAAUUCGUAUAAGCAAUUUGAUUAAAUCCCUUUUGAAGAAAGGGAUUUUCCUGCAGAAAAUCACACUCUUUUCUUUAAAAGAUAGGCAUGCUUUUCAAAUCCGCUUUUCUAAAAGUGACUUUGCAAGCAAGCUUUGAGGAAUCUCAUCCCAGAUCCUGAUGAAGAUUGGUUUGGAUUUUUGUUUGGAGCAUUUCUGAAAGAACCUUUCUGCUCAGUGAUGAAACAUUGUCAAUCUUGCAGCAAUAAUUCCUUGUGAUGUACUGUCUGAGCUGAGGCUUCCUUUUGAUGAAUGUUUGUUUUCAGUAAUGAAUCUUCAAUGUAUCAUGACAAUAAUCCGAGCAUUAUAACACUGUCCUUAUUCUUUUGUCGAAUGGAGGCCCCCAUUGCCAAAGCCAGUGUGUGCUUCCCAUCCCUAAUUGCCCUUUGGAUUGAUGACUGAAUGGGUCAUUUCAGAGGGCAGUUAAGGGUGAAAUACAUCACUCUGGGUCUGGAGUCAUGUGUAGACCAGACUGGGUAAGAACAGCAGUUGCCCCCCUCUCAGGGGCAUUACUGAACCAGGUUUUUUCUACUGUAAUUGAUCUUCAUUUCAUGGUCACCAUUACUGACACUAGGAUUUGCAUUAAAUCAUUUGGAUUGACUAUUGAUUUAAGUUCCAGUGGGUGGAUUUUGAGCAUGUGUCCCCAGAACAUAGCCUGGGAUUCUGGAUUAGUACAUACUGAUAUAAAAACAGGGACUGUCGAUCCUACUAUACAAUUCAAUAACAUCAUAGCUUCUCUGAUUUUAACUUUGACUCUAUAAUUCUGGUAUCAUAAUGCCACUAUCACAAUGUGAAUCUUUGUAACUCUUUUCCCUUCUCCAUCGCUUUCUAAUCUGAAUGACCAUCUUGCCAUACUGUUCUCCUUUCUCUGUCACCUAUGUUGUAUUGUUUAUGUGUUGCCAUUCCAUCUGUUCCAACACAGUCGCCAUAUCUUGCAACAUCUGAUACUUCCUCCUGUAGGAAUGGCCAUCUUUGCUCCUGUCCUAUGAAUGAACAGCAGUGUAGAUGAGAUGAACCUUUUCCCUUGAGGUAACAAAUAUACCUGUGUCCUGAACAAUAUCUAUUCCUCAACUGACAUCAUUAAAACCUAAUUGUCUGGUCACUAUACAUUGAUGUAAGUGGGAUUUUCCUGGCUGCUGUGUUCUAAUAUUGCAACACACCAAAAAGUACCUCCUACUGUGAAGCCCUUUAUAGUAAAUGGGACUGAAAGGUACAGAAGACAAUGUCAUGUGCAUUUGGAGGUGGAAACUACAGCUCAGAAUCCGAGAUCCAACAUCAAGUCGUACACAAAGUCUCAGGAACAUGUCUGUUCUGUCAGUGUAACCUGGGACUAGUUACUAACAUGCAGUAAUUGCUUCUAGUUAGAUUGCUGAGUGGUUUUCCUUUGGGCCAAGCAGGCCCCAUUGUUUCCUUCCUUGAAAGAGGAUGCUACUAUCAAACUUCCCCAGUGUUGAGGUACACACUCCGUUUACAUGCAUGUCGAGCAAUUUUGAGGGUGUGAAAAUUGUCGUAUAAAUGCAAGUCUUUCUUUUCUCUCCCUUUAAUUCUCUUCCUUUGUAUCUUUCUCUCUUUAUCCCUUUGUCCCCCUCAUUCUCUAUUUCCCCCCUUUAUUUCUGCCUCUUUUUCUCUCCCCUUCUUUCUCUCUCCCUUAUUCUGUCCUUUCUCUUUCUUUUACUCUUUUUCUCUGCCAUAUCUCUCUUCCUGCCUUUCUUUAUCUCUUUUCCCUCUCUCUCUCUCUCUCUCUUCCCCCCCCCCCCUCACCUUUCUCUACCUUACUUUCAGUCUCUCUCUCUCAUUCUUCUCUGUGACUGACAGAAGUGCAGGUGAAUCUUCUUUUAUACCCAUUGUUGGCAUUCUCCAACUUUCGGCUGAUCAAAUAAGAUUCUUCUUGAAGAAAUUGAAACAACAAUGAGGAAAUUCCAAGUAGAAAUCCCUCCAACAUUUGCCCUUGACUUGGUACUUUGGCACUGGGGAUUAAUCCUGUGUUUGUUUUCCCUGCCUCAUUCUGUAACUUGCCUUUCCACUCAGAGCAAGACUGCGUACAGAGCUUAGUGCAAGUAACACAACUUCCUGAAAUAUGUCCAUCAAUAUAUUCUGUUGUCUUUUAAGUGACACCUUCAAAAUUCUAUUUAAAAUAUAUCUUCUGCAUUUCAUUACCUAUUUUAUUUGCAUUGAAGAGUAAAGCUUGCACAAUAAACAUAUAUGAACUUUAA